CAGCGAAAAAUCGUAUUGAAAAAUUUCAAGAAAAAAAGAGUGGAGAAACAAAUAAACAACAGAAAAACAUGUUUAGGUGUAGAAAUCACAAGAAAAUAAAAAAGCAAUAAGAAACACACUGAAAGACGGAUGGAGGGACCAACCAACCGACAAUAAACAACAAACAAGAAGAAUCAGUCAGUUGCAAUCGGGCUUUCUAAAAAGAAUCAACCAAGUUAAAGCGAAAAAGCAAAAACAUUGAGAAUAUAUUGCUUAAUAAAAAGAAAUAAAUAUUAUUUUAAAAUAAUAAUCAAGAAGAGAGCUUAAAUUAAGUUUAAACGGAAAUGCAGUAACGGCUUUUAAAUAUUUACUUCAGUUAAUGAAAUUUUUAACAAAAUUUCCUAUUUUUUUACCAAUAAAAAAUAACAUUUCUUUAUAACAAAAUGUUAACAAAACUACCAGACUAUAUAAUAUCCGAUUGUGGUUAUCCCAACUGGGAUCCAGACCGGGAAAAUCUUAAUUUAGUCAAAAUUCAUGCAAAUCUCUGGAGUACUAGUUCAAUAUGGUCUACAAAGUCGACAAAUUUGGUCAAAUUGCUACCGUUAAGAGAAACAUUAACCGAUUAUUAUAUGGACAAACUAAUGAUGCGUCAGCAUGAGUCCAAAAGUAAGACAACAUCAGCAACAGCAACAACAACAACAAACACUUCCACAUCAGCCCAGCAAUGUUCUAAAAAAAUGAACAGCAACAACAGCGGAAGACAAACGCCGAGACAUGUGAAUGAGUUGAUGAUGAUAAAAAAUGGCAAGAGAAAACCACAGCAACUAACUUCACAUUGUGCCUUGGACAAAAGAAGAUCUCAUUAUACAAAUAGUUUAGACAACGAUUUGGAUCAGUUUUAGCAUGAUUUUUACAAUAAUUUCGGGUGGGCUCUUUGAAAGUGAUCUAGUGAUGUGCUACUUACAUACAUACAUAUAUUAUUAAAGUGUUUAUUUUUUGUUUUUUAAAUUUAUUUAAUUUAUUGGAAAUUUUAGUUAUUAGAAAAUAUUAUUAAAUAUAAAAUGAAAAUUUAAUAAAAACUCGUUUAACUAUUAGGUAUGAA